CUCCCGGUGUAAACGAUUUGUUUAUGUUUACACCCAUGUUGUGCAUCAGCGAAUGGUGAAGAGUUUUGGAUUCGAUUAUUAAAAAGUUGAAUAUUUCGCUUUCACAAAUUCGGACACCCUCGAACCUUAAACCAUGUUGCCGCUGUCGCUUUUAAAAACCGCCCAAAGUCAUCCGAUGCUGGUGGAGCUGAAAAAUGGCGAAACCUACAACGGGCAUUUGGUUAGCUGCGACACCUGGAUGAACAUCAAUCUCCGGGAGGUUAUCUGCACAUCAAAGGAUGGCGAUAAAUUCUGGCGAAUGCCCGAAUGUUACAUCCGUGGCAGCACGAUCAAGUAUCUGCGAAUUCCGGAUGAGGUGAUCGACAUGGUGAAGGAGGACGUCCAGGCGAAGUCGCGCAAUCGGCCGGAGCUGAGCAAGGGAGGUGGCCGGAAUCAGGGUGGCGGCGGUGGAGGAGGCGGGGGUGGACAGCAGGGUGGUCGCCAGGGAGGAGGUGGAGGAGGAGGCGGGGGUCGUAACAAUGCCAACGCCAAUAAUAGAAACACUUUUGGAGGUGGCGGUAAUCGGCCCGGGAAUCGGGCUGGUCUCGGCAACCCGAAUCGGAACGCAAUGAACAACAAAAAGUAGGAGAUGACAGGGCGGGGGAAUGUGGAGGUUUUUGGGGAAGAUGCUUGGAAGGCAUCGAUUGCGAUGAACCGUCGAGGUGUGAAAAAAGAAAGAGCCAGAACUUUGACUGGCCAUCGAUUUUUUUUUUCGGAGAGAGAAUCAGAUGAAUAAGAAAUAAAAAAAUGGUAUGCUUUUGUGCGCG